AUGUCGCAGGAUUCACAGAAUCCGUCCAAGCCAAAAUGGGGAGUGGGAUCGUUUUUCCAACAGGCGGUCGCUGGUGUCGAAUCUCGGUUGGACCACAUUCUGUUGGACGAGGAGGAGAGACAGAAAAAUGCGGCUGCGAACGCGAAGCCUCAGGAGAACGAGACCAAGAAUACGCCAUUAACAAGGUCUCCAGCUGGCUCGAUUUCUCGUAGCUCCUCAAAUGCGCGAAGGAAUGAUCGGCUCCAAGAGCGCCUGGCGCGUGCCAUGGUGAAAUCAAAUACGACAAAUCGCAACACACAGUCUUCGCCGAGUCGCUCUUCACCAGCUGCUAGCCCACGGCCGAGCAAUGAUGCGCGACGGAGUAUGGACGUCGAUUCCACUCUAGCAUCCUCUACGGAGAUUCCUGAUGCUCUCAAGAGCCCAUCGCAUAUCGAAGCCGGGACCGAAUUGGAACCAACUUCGCCCAGGCCUAGCCAUGACUCUGGAACAUCGAUACGGAAUUCUGCAGAAAUGAGUGUUUCCGAAUCACUGCUACGAGAUCCGGACGACCUGGGAGAGCGACCAGGCAAUUUGGAAAGUAGCAACGAGGAAACUUUAGAGACUCAGGUAACGGAAGAUUCCGUGCCUCGUGCCUCAGUAGACAGCACACGGAUAAGCGUGGACUUGCCGGCGGACAAUGACCCCAACGACGGGAAAACGGCCGAAUCCGAGAGACAAGAGGAAAUUCACGAAUAUAUCGAACGCAUCGACGCACUACAAUCAAAACUCAAAUACCUCGCCAAGGAAGCUGCCGAAUCAGCCAAGAAUGCAGCUGCCAGCGCAUCACCAGGAAGUGCGAAGAAACAGCUGCUAGAAAAGGACGAAAAGAUUGCAUUGCUUCUGGAGGAGGGCCAGAAACUUUCAAAGUCCGAGAUGGACCAUCGCACCGUCAUCAAGAAGCUUCGUCAACAGCUUGCUGACAAUGCCAAAAGUCAGACAGAAAUGAAGAAAAAGAACGAGAAACUGGAACGGGAUUUUGCCAACUCAGAAGCGAGAGCGAAACGAGCCGAGGCUGCAGAAAAGAGGGCAACUGAGUCUUUGUCAUCGCAGGCAAAAACCACCAAAGACUUUGAUGCCGUGUCGAAUGAGCGGAAUGCCCUGAACCAGACUGUCUCUGAAAUGAAGGCACAGUUGAGUCGAGCUCUUGCACGUGCCGAGGCUGCUGAGGCCAAGGCUCAUUCAGAUGCGUUGGAACAAGAGAAGCGCAAAGUUGAUGAGUUAGAAGAGGAGCUGGCAAACACAAAGAUCGAACGCGAUAUCAACGAGGAGAAGGGGAAGAAGGAGAUUGCUGAAUUGCAGGAGAAGCUUGACCAGGAGAGAGAUCGCGCACGUAUGCUUGAGGCAGAGUUGAAGGGUGAACAGUCAGUCCUGGAAAGCAAGAUGGAGAGCCUUCGAACUCGGGCAGAAGAAGCGUCGUCUGGUGCAACUGGGGAGACCCAGGCCAAGCUUCUGCGACAGAUUGAGACCCUACAGACCCAAUAUUCGGUCGCCAGCGAGAAUUGGCAUAGUUUGGAAGGUUCCUUGCUUUCUCGAUUAGCCAAUGUUGAGAAAGAACGAGAUGAUCUUAGCCGAAAAGAAGGUGAUCUUAGGAAGAAGAUUCGGGAGCUGAAUCUCAAGACCAAGAAGCUGGAAGAGGAAAUCGAGACUGCCAGAGAGGCCGAGCAAGAGGUGGAGAACAAACUUGAAGAGCGCAUGGAAGAAAUGCAGAAAAUGCAACAGAAGCUGGACAAAGCAGUCGAAGAUUUUACAACCACCCAAAAAGACCUCGUGGAGCAAAAGAAGGCCUGUGAUGCCUCAUGGGCACAGAAAUUGGACGAGGAGCGAACCAAAUGGCGGGAGCAAAUGAACAACCUGCAGCAAUCUCGCGGUGUCUCCCCCGUCCAGUCUUUACGGCGAUCGAGUAAUCUAGACACCGUUCCAUCAGGUCUAUAUGACUAUCGUCCUUCUAGCCGUCGCUCGUCCACCAUGCCCACAGCCUCGCCUGACAUUGGCACGCCGCCGCGCCAGAACUCCUACCCAGCAUCAAUUAAUCAAGGAACGCUCUCCCCUCCCCCUAUCAACACCAGCACCAUCAUGGAGACUCCUUCAAUUACAUUUGAGCCGGACGAGUUUUUCGGCUCUGCCACACCGGCUACUCCAUCCAUGUAUGGCGGUACACAGGCCCUACCAUCACGCGGUAUCAACGAUAUAAUUUCGGAGUCAACUGUGGGCGCUGGCCCAUCAGUGCAGCUAGUCGAACGCAUGAGCGCUACCGUUCGUCGCCUAGAAAGUGAACGUGCCGGGUCCAAGGACGAGCUGGCGCGUGUCACCGCCCAGCGCGAUGAAUCCAGACAGCAAGUCGUGGAUCUCAUGCGCGAGCUAGAGGAAAAGAAAACCUCAGACUCCCGCGUGGAGGAACUUACCGCCAGACUUGCGGAUAUCGACCAGCGAUAUCAGACUACCCUCGAGAUGCUGGGUGAAAAGAGCGAACAAGUCGAAGAACUUGAAGCUGAUAUUGCUGACUUGAAGAAGAUCUAUCGCGAAUUGGUGGAUAGCACUAUGAAAUGA